CUCACCUUGCAUGUCUGCACCGCUGCGCCGCCUCUCCCAGCACGCACGUCACCUCACCUCUGCUGCUCCCGCCGCCUCGUCGCCUGCCGCCGCCGCGCCCGCCGCCCCUGCCCUCGCCGCCAUGUCUGAGUUCAAGACCCGCCAGAUCGGCGCGCCCAACUCGCUUGAGUACCGCGUGUACCACGAGAACGCCGCCGGCAAGCCCAUCUCGCCGUUCCACGACAUCCCGCUCUUUGCCGACGAGAGCAAGACGAUCCUGAACAUGGUCGUCGAGAUCCCGCGCUGGACCAACGCCAAGCUCGAGAUCUCCAAGGAGGAGGCGCUCAACCCCAUCAAGCAGGACACCAAGAAGGGCAAGCUGCGCUUCGUGCGCAACUGCUUCCCGCACCAUGGCUACAUCUGGAACUACGGUGCCUUCCCGCAGACCUGGGAGGACCCCAACGCCACGCACCCCGACACCAAGGCCAAGGGCGACGACGACCCGCUGGACGUGUGCGAGAUCGGCGAGCAGGUCGGCUACGUCGGCCAGAUCAAGCAGGUCAAGGUGCUCGGCGUCAUGGCGCUGCUUGACGAGGGCGAGACCGACUGGAAGGUCAUCGUCGUCGACGUCAACGACCCGCUGGCGCCCAAGCUCAACGACAUUGAGGACGUCGAGCGCCACCUGCCUGGCCUUGUGCGCGCCACCAACGAGUGGUUCCGCAUCUACAAGAUCCCGGACGGCAAGCCGGAGAACCAGUUCGCCUUCUCGGGCGAGGCCAAGAACAAGAAGUACGCGACCGAGGUCGUGCACGAGUGCAACGAGGCCUGGAAGCGCCUCGUCGCCGGCCAGGCCGAGGCUGGCGGUGUGUCCAUUGCUAACGCAACGGUCACCGGCUCCAAGGGCCACAACGACGCCUCGAUCAACGACAUCCCGGCCGCCAGCCCGCAGCCGGCUGCGCCCAUCGACCCGUCGAUCAGCAAGUGGUUCUUCAUCUCGUCCAGCAGCUUCUAAGCGCAUCUGUGCGCCCUGCUGCAGGACCACGAGCCUCGCCAGCGCCGCUGGAACCAGGAAUGAAGCUAUAUGCUAGCAGCUCGUCGCUGGGCCGAGUCAUGACGUUGAGCAGCUGGCAGGGCGGCGAAGCUGCGCUCGGACGAGAAGGCAUGUGCCAGCUACGGGGCCGAAGGCGCAGGCCUUAAAUAGAGCGAGCUGCGCAGUCGAAGUGACUACGGUUGCAGCGUGGAGCGCAGGCGUCGGAGGUAGAUCGACAGCGGCCUCUGAGCGAGUUGCUGCCUCGCGGAUCCAGGCCAAGCUCGACAUGGGCAGCGCUGUACAGCGCAGCAGAGCGUCAAGCGCCGCUUGCGCGCCCUGAU